AUGAAGCUGUACGCCGUUUCCGAUGGACCACCAUCUUUGUCCGUUCGUAUGGCCCUGGAAGCGCUCAGCAUCCCGUAUGAGCUUGUUAGUGUGGAUUACGGCAAGGCCGAACAUCUAACGGAAGAUUAUGCCAAGAUGAACCCGCAGAAGGAAAUCCCUGUCCUGGACGACGAUGGUUUUUUCCUGAGUGAAAGUAACGCCAUCCUGCAGUACUUGUGCGACAAGUACGCACCGGACAACGAGCUGUAUCCGAAGGAUCCUAAGCAGCGUGCACUCGUCAACCAUCGUCUUUGCUUCAACCUAAGCUUUUUCUACCCUCAAAUAUCCGCCUACGUAAUGGCUCCCAUUUUCUUCGACUACCAGCGCACUGACAUUGGAUUGAAAAAGCUAAACCUUGCCCUGGAGGCAUUUGAGACGUACCUGAAGAAAUCCGGUUCGACGUAUGUGGCGGGAGAUUCGGUUACAAUCGCCGACUUUCCACUUGUUGCCUCGGUCAUGUGUCUGGAAGCGAUCGAGUUUGAUGUCAGCGGAAAAUAUCCGACCGUUUUCAAAUGGUAUAGCGGUUUUAAGACCGCUUACCCGAAGCUAUGGGCCAUCGCUGCCAAGGGAAUGGAAGAAAUCGCUGAGUUCGAGAAGAACCCACCGGAUCUUACCGGAAUGGUCCACCCGAUUCAUCCGAUCCGCAAGGUCGCAUCGAAGUAAGAAAACUUCAUCAAUGUUUCAGUGGUUGCCACUCUAAUGCAUUUCGAAAUAAAUAUUUUUGAUGAAAUAAAAUACUACGCUAGGUGUUUAUUAGCCGCUCCGUUA